AUGGUUGCCAUCAGAUCUACCAGAAAACCGUACAAGUUCAGCACCAUUGACUGUGAAAGACCUAAGGAUGGUUUCACUGCCGGCCGCCCUUUUCCAUUCAAAGUCGGACCUAGUCAAUGCAUCCGGAUUCUAACUUCUGUGCAUGGGCUGGUAUGCGUUGGCAUACUAAAGAGUGUACCCUUUAACGUUAUAUCUAAUGCUGAAUACUGUGACCUAAUUCUAUGGAAUCCUGCGACGGAUGAAUAUAAGACGUUGUCAAAACCCCUGGCCUUUUCUCAUAAUGAUUGUUACAAUACCCAUGAAAGUCUAUUCGGGUUGUAUCAUAGCUCUUGGGACGACGACUACAAGCUUCUACGUGUAACCUGGCACCCCAAGGUUUAUAUAUACUCUUUGAAAUCCGACUCAUGGAGAAAGGUUGAAUCGGACAUCCAACGUACUAGGCUACACUACUUUUCACAAUAUAUUUGGGGGCCAAGUGUUUCGUUGAAUGAAAACCUCUAUUUCUUAGAACAUGUUGGCUACACAUAUUCAAUUAUGAGGUUCAACACAAAGACCGAAACCCUCAAAGUGAUAGCAACUCCUUUUUCUGAAAAUCAAAGGACAUCAUGGUUGAGUUUCACGAUUCUAAGAGAUGGUUGCAUUCACUUGUGGGUGAACACUGUAAUUAAUCCUGUGCCUUUGUCUUCUGAGAACCAGUUGUGGAGGAUGGAGGGAGAUGGAAUUUGGACCAAGUUGGAAAACUCGACCAUGAUUUUGUGUGACUAUCCUAUUCAGUAUCACCAUCGACUGCACUUGAUGAGGAAUGGAAAUUUGCUCACGUAUGAUAGAGGUUGUGUUUACCAACUAGAUAUGAAAACGCAUAACAAAGACUUAUGUUCAUAUACCACCAAAACAAUGCGUGUCUGGCCAGGAGGAAAAUACAUAGAGACUAUGGUGUCACCCAAUCAAUAUGCGAAUAAGUGA